GCCACCCGCCAGAAAACACGAAGAAGAAGAAGAUCUCGCGAUAAGUGUGCAGAAGCGGCUGUGACAGAGGAAGCUUCCAGAAGUCCGUAGCUUCCUAAGUUUUGGUCCGCUCGUCGUGCUGGGCUCAGCGAUGGACGGUGUGCGUGACUCAUCUGGUCAAAACCGUCCCCCGGAGAACCAGGACCUGCCUUUUCUGAGCAUCUUAGGAGAGAUCCUGUCCCAGUAUGGAUGGUACCUGCUGGCUGGAACCAUCAUGGUCUACUUGUUUAUCCAACACCUGAGGAAAAGGAUGUCAGCUGGACCAAGUGACCCCAUCUUGUAUUCACUGCACGAUUCUUCGAAAGUAGCCAGAAGACAGACGUCCCAGGAAGCAGCUCAUAGGAAGAUGCAGGAGGAGCUGAAUGCCAAAGCUGCCAUCAUCAUAGAGAAACAGAAACAGAGCACUGACAAGGCUGGCUCUUCUUCAUCAACGGCACAGAAAACGAAGACAGGCAAGAAGCAGCUUCGCAGUAAUGACUACAGUCCCCUGAUGGGACAGGGAGGAGGCACCUGCUCCUGGAGACCUGGUAGGAGAGGGCCAUCGUCUGGUGGAUGAGGUUAAAUGUCUGAGGUUCUGGUCUCUAUGACCUUUAACCUCUGUGUGUAAUGCACACUGACUGUUUGGACCAAGCAGACCUUGUACACAAACCCACUGAUAGAAAACCAGGCUACCUAAAUGUUAGAAAAACAUAUUCAAGUCAUGCAUUUUUAUUUUUUUGAAUGGAAAGAUCCCAAAUCAGGAACUCUUAAGCCCCUGUGAGGUGGACGAUAAAAUGGUUUCCAUGAAAAUGGUUCAAAUCAACCGUGUCUGUCUGCGUCACAGCUCCACGUGAAAACUACUGCUCCAACACCGUUGACGUGCUGGGUGUACAUCUCAGAAGGGUACCAGGAACAAGUCCACAAGCGCAGUUUCUUAGGAAAAUUUUGGCAUUGAUGUGAAAAUCCACGUUCUAAGAGUUCAGCGCUUUGAGGGUUUUAGGGUGACGUGAAACAUCUUUUACGUCAUUGUCUCGCCUGGUGCUGACGAGAGUUGGCUCUGACUGUGUAGUGAAGAGUUGGACUUCCUGCUGUGAGGGAUGGACAUUUACAAAAUUGCACAAUUAUUUUACUAAAGCAAUUCCAUCUAACAAGAAAUAAUUAACUUUUUUUCUACUUGACAUGUAAGUUAAAUAUUGUCCAUCCAUUCAUUCUCUUCCGCUUGUCUGGAGUCGGGUCAUGGGGGCAGUAGCCUAAGUCACGAGGCCCAGACUCCCCUCUCCCCAGCCACUUACGCCAGCUCUUCCGGGGGAAUUCCAAGGCGUUCCCUGGCCAGGUGAGAGACAUAGUCUCUCCGUGUCCAGGGUCUCCCUUUAGGUCUCCUCCCGGUUGGACGUGUCCGAAAACCUCACCAGGGAGGCGUCCAGGAGGCAUCCUGACCAGAUGCCUGUGCCACCUCAACUGAUUCCUCUCUUCUGUUUAUUCUUAAUCUCUGCAUCCACAUAUUUUGUUUACAUCCAUACCUGGUAUCAUUUGUAGUCUCCGGAAUAAUUUCUAUGAAUUUAGAUAAGACUAGUUAAUUAGUUGGUGUACUUGGAAGCUUGUCAUGAGGCCAUUCCUGCAAAUGGAACCUGACCAAUGGGUUUGGCUGAAGGUCUUAAGUCAGUUUUUGUAAGUAUUGUAGUUCAAACCUUUGUAGCAUGUGGACAUUGGUUAGUUACAGAAGGCAACCUGAACACAUGGUUAGGUUUGUUUUCCUGUUAUGGAGUCACAUUGAAAUAUAUUUUUUAUGCCUCCUUUAUGCAAUAAAGAUGUUAAAACUCAAA